CUGAGGGAAGAGGAAGAUGGGUCCCAAAAAAAAGAAAAAGUCUGCUGGAGGUAAAAAGAAACUCAGCAAAGCUGAAAGGCUGAGGCUCCUGAGAGAAGAGGAGGAGAGAAGACUGCUAGAGGAAGAACAAGCCCGAAUACGUGCUGAACUAGAAGAAGCUGCAAGGAUAGAAAAGGAAAGGAUUGAAAGAGAGAAGACAGAGCGUCUGGAAGCCAAAGAUCAAGAACGCAGAGGGAUUGAAUUUUCUGAACUUAAUGUGCUAGAAGAAAGCUUUUUAAGUGCAAGCCAAUGGAAGAUGAAAAAUAGAGCCCUUGCAAAGUGGGAACAUUACACUGGCUGUGAUGGAAGUCCAGACCCAAUGGUGGUCCAGGAAAUCAAUACCUUCAUGAGUCUGUGGCGGGAAGAGACAAAUAAUGAUAUCCAUGAUGUUAUUGAGAAAGGCAGCAGAAUAUUGCAAUUAAUUGACAAGUUAGAACUGUGUAUACUGGACACACCUUUUCAUGAACUGUCUCCAGAAGAUGUCAAUCAGUACCAAAAUACCAUUUUGCAACUGCAGGACCUUUUGCAUCACAAAUACAAUGAAGCAACAGAACAACUGUUGAAGCAAGCCAGCAGUUAUGCAGAAUCUGAAAGUGGAAACAUGGAAGUUGUCAUUAAAAAGAAGAAUAUCACAUUGUGUGUAUGGGCAAAUCUCAAGAAGAAUCCGAGGUUCCGGAGCCAGCGCUUUUAUGAUGAACAGAAGGAGCCGUGCAAUGGGUUUGAACUUCCCAAGCCACUGGCCAUUUGCGAUAUUGCCGUACGCAUCUUGCACACCCACUACGAUCACGUAUCCCCCUUUCAGACUUUCCCCACAGAGCCGCCUAAGCUGGAAAUGCCAAUGCGCAAAACAGUGAUUCCUGUGAGUAGUGUGGAUAAGAAAAGCAAAAGGGCUCAAACGAGUCCAAGUGUUCUGUCAAGCAAGUCUGAUCACACUGCAAAUAGAAGCAGGAGUGUCAGCACUACCUUUGCCAGUGAAGAAGUGAAAACCUCUGUUUCUGUGACUGAAAACACAGAAUUCACCAUCAAGAAGAGCUCCACCCUCGUUCGAACUGUUUCCAGAGCACAUGUUUCAGCACUGCAGAUGGUUAGCAUCUUUGAAUUGGAGCCGCUGGAAGAAUUUGUGGUGGAUUUGCACCAGUUCAUGUCAGUGGGUGGCAUUUACCACUUCAAUGCACUGAAGCUCCCACCUCAAGCCAAACAAGUGAAAGGGUGGACCAUGGUGCAAGUGCUGGAUACAGGGUUAGAGGUCUGUCCCUACACCGCAGUAUGUGAAGAAAAUGAAGAUCCUUCUCUUAUCACUGUAGGAAUCACAAUCCAGUUGCUUGACAGUGUGAUCUUCUUUGAAGAGCCAUUGAUUGGAAGGUGGAACCCUCACGGCAAAUGCUGGAGAACAGAUGAUAUUGGGGAAGUGGUCUACAACAUGAAAGAGAAGGAGAUCUCUUUCAAAAUGAAUGGCUUCUUCACCAUAACCCUGCUACAGGAUGCCCACCUCAACAUGCCCUACCAGUCCUGGGAGCUCCGGCCCACUGGCUUGGAUGAAGCUGUUUUCACCAUCCUCACCACAUUUGCUGAACUGCAGAUUGAAAUCAAGGUCAACCAGUGCAUGUUAGCCACAAUCACCACAAUGGAAGAUACUGAUCUCCUCUCUGAGAUUAGGGGGAAAUGGAUGACACCACUGGCCCUUUUGCUAGCUCUGAAACGGGCUGGAAUGAAUAUCUUCCCAGCUGAAUAUUCCCCCAAAUACGUCAGCGUGAACAAAAAAUUACUAUUAGCGGAAGUCACUACUUAUCAGCAAAUGGCUCUUGUUGCAUCUGCUUUUGCCUUCAGCUGGAGCAAGUGGAACUUGGAGAGUGGCGAUGAUAAUGUGGUCUUUAAGGCCUGUGAACACCUGACCCAAGAACCAAUAACAGAUGGAGAGUGGGCUCUUUAUAUGUUCAGUGGGCAAAGAGCUCAGAGGCUCGAGAUUACAGAGGAGAGUCAAGUCUUCUCCAAAAAUAUUGCAGAAGACACAGAAUUCCACUCCACUCUUUACCAUUUGAUCAGAGAUGCCAGCAGUGAGGAAGGGAUGGAGAGAGUCAAUCAUACCCACUACCUUUUCAUAGAUGCAGUGUACCACCUUCUCCUUGCUACUAAGGUGCUAACAUACUCUUAA